UGUUGAAGCGACCGCAGUCCGAGUCGCUCGCGCUCUCGAAGCGGCUGAGGACAGAGGAGGACGACCCAUCGCUGCAGGAGCUCGUCGUCGCUGCGCCAGAUGCCCAGGGCGGCAAGGGUGCGCUCAUCCAGACCAUCAAGCGCACGUCGGGUCUCGCCGCCCCCAUCAUGUGCCUGCGCGGCCACUCGGCAGAGAUCCUCGACGUCAAGUUCUCGCCCGACGGCGACGUGCUCGCGUCAGCGGCGGCCGACAAGACCAUCCUGUUGUGGCGGGUCUACGGCGACUGCCAGAAUUACGGCCAGCUCAAGACGGGCAAGGGCGUCCCGACCUCGAUCUCGUUCCACUCGCCCUCGACCCUCGUCGCCGGCUGCUCCGACCACACCGUCUUCCUCUUCGACCUCAAGACGGGCGAGGUCAUCCGGCGCUUCAAGGGGCACUCGGCCAUGGUCAACUGCGUCGACGUGCAGCGCGGUGGAGCAGCGCAGGGACUGAUCGCGAGCGCGAGCGACGACGGGACGGUCAGGGUUUGGAGCGAGGACGCCAAGGAGGAGAUCGAGGUGGUCGAGCUGGGCUUCCCCAUCACGACGGUCAAGUGGUCGGAGGACGGCCAGACGCUCUUCAUCGGCGGCAUCGACAACGACGUCCACGCCUUCUCGCUCACGUCGCACGCCAUCUCGUACUCGCUCCGAGCACACGGCGACACCAUCACGUCGCUCGCCCUCUCGCCCAACUCGUCCCAGCUCCUGUCGUGCGCCAUGGACUCGACCCUGCACCUGUGGACCGUCCAGCCGUUCGCGCCGACCGUCAACGCCGCCAACCCGGCACUGCACCCUCGCCUCGUGCGGUCCUUUUACGGCGCGCCCGCCGGCUUCGAGCAGCUCUUGCGCAAGGCGUGCUUCAGCCGACACGUGACGCCGGAAGGGCAGACGGGCACGAUGGUGGCGGCAGGAGGAGCGGACCGGGCGUUGACGGUGUGGGACGCGACGACGGGCGAGAUCCGGUACAAGCUUCCCGGGCACACGGGCACGGUCGCCGCGACCGACUUUUCGCCAAAAGAACCGAUCCUCGCGUCGGGCGGAGUCGAGGGCGUCAUCUACCUGGGCGAGGUGGACGCAGCAUGAGUCGUGGGAGUGGACAAUGUUGCAACGGCAGAGCUGUACUCCCCAG